CUUCCCAACCGCUCCUCGCCGAUGUGAACGGACGUUGUGGGCACGAGCACUGCCAGGCGCGCGCUCAUGCAGGAAGCAGUCCCGUCACUGCCCCGGAGUCACUCGCUGCGCGAAAUACGGAGCCAGGCACGGGCAGCACAGCGCACACUGCCCACCGACCGGCUGACACUGCCGCGGGGCGCGGCUCCCUGGGGCUGGAACUCGGGUGGGUGGGGGCGGAGUUCAAAUCCUGCCCCGGGAGACCAAGCACACAGCUGGGAGGAAUGAGAGAACAGUGAGAGUACAGCAUGGAGCAUACCAGCAGGUCGUCAUUGGAACAGCACAGCAAUGCCAAUGGGUGCCAGGAGGAGCGCGGGGGCUCUGCGGAGACCUGGAGCAAAAGGUUUGCCCCCGGAUCACAGGGCAGAGGGGACACUGCGGACAGCACGUACAGCGGCACCCAGCAGCAGACUCCAACAACAAACCAGGAUAAUGCCUCAGUAGAGCUUGUCACAGAUGACUAUAAAAAAAUGGGGACAUUUUUUGGUGAACUCAAUAAAAUCCUGAUAGGAGUAGGUUUCUGCCGGAUGAAUUUUGGCGAAAGGACUGUGGAGCCGGUGCUACUGAUAUUUUUUGUAGUCAUGCUAUGGUUCCUGGGCUUGCAAGCUGUAGGACUGGUUUCUAUACUCUUCCUUGUUAUUAUUCAUAUACAAUAACCUAAUACGACACUUCAUUUUGUGUCAGAAGUAUUGUUUUAUGUGAAAAUAUUUUAUUUAAAAUAUAUUAAACAAAUGGCACAAGCAAUAUUGUAAAUUGUUUAAAAAUGUCAUGUUAAACCUAAUGUCCAGUAACAGAUUUGCACUGGUAAAAAAAUAUAUAUAUUAAAGCUAUUUUGAAAAAAAAUGUUUAAAAUGAGAGCUAAGGCUAUGGUGCUUUUCAUUUUGUACUUGAUAUUUGGUCAUCUUUGAUUGUUACCCUGUACAUUUCACUUACAGCUAUAACAAGUGCUUCUAGACCAUUGAACAACAUGCUGUUUUAAUGGAUGAAUAUAUACAUUUGCCACUGUGUUUGGGUUGCACCGAUAAAUGCAUGUUUUACGGAACACUCUUUCAUCAAACACCUUUUUUUAUGCUUGACAAUGAGAUUUAUUUGGCUUUUUUAUUUGUCCCUUUUAAUUCUACCAGGAGAGAAGUUUACAUAUAAUACCCAAAGAAGUAUUGCAGCUUUGUACGCUAUAUAACUUUGAGUCUUUGUAUCGGGCCCGGGCUGGCCAUCUGCUACACCGGGGAAAUGCACCUCAUAAUUACCCUGCAUUGUGUGGCUACCGGCUGGAUACGUGUGGGAAGCCAUGCCUAAUAAGUCUACAAAUUCCCACGUUGUGUUUUGGAGUGACUGAUUUUAGCUAAAAUGGAAAUAAAUGUAAUAAUAAAAAUGGCUGUAUC